AUGACAUCGCUGAGGAACUUGAAACCAGUUUGUCCAAACCAAGACGUGUGCAGGUGGGUAAUGUACUAUACUCUGUUAUUUUAAUACAGAAAACCCAAACAAGUGAUGAUGAUCAAGUGAUGCGCUCCCUGCAUAUGGAAUUGACUUGUUCAUGAAAAAUCUAAACCGAAAUUCAUCGUUAGUGUUGCGGACACCUGCGCGUCACGACAAAGGGCUAAAUUUUAUUUCUUUUUCAAGGUUCAACCUGGAGAAUACUAUAGACUGGAGAGUCACCUUCAUGAUAUCAUGACUCCAAUUCCUGCAUUGAUGCGAUCGCUAUGUCUAGAUGAAGAAAAGGAAGAAGAAUACCUUCCAACAAAUACACCAAAUCGCGGGCUGGAAGUUCUAAAUAAGUGUAUUGAAAGAUUAAGCGGUGGAAGAAUUAGUCCGGUGCUCUUUCAACUCACGCAGCCAAUUGAAGAUGUCGCCAGAAGCACGCGCUCCUACAUAAGACGCAAGUCAAAUGAAGUAGUAGGAACAACACUAGAAUGUAUUGCACCAGGGCAGUCUAAUGAACUUCUUGCAUUGGUCGCAAAUCCAACGCCAAUAGAACCUGAACCAGUAAACAACAUUAUGGCGACCCUGCUUUCACUUUAUGAAGGCUCGACAUCUUGGUAUACAAAAAUGACAAUCUUGUCUAUUUUUGCGCAGCACUACACUAAAACGCAACUGAAAGACAUGGUUCCAGGCCUCACAACUUGGCGAAUUGAUCAAGCAAGAAAGCAUGCUGUGGUUGUUGGUGCAGGCCAUUCUGAAGUUAGAAAACCCGUGAUGCGUUAUCGUCUUGAAGGAGAGAAAGUCGACCACUCCCUAGAUUUUAUAAGUAGCCCUCACUACCUUCAGGAUGUAGCCUAUGGUAGAAGGAAGAUAAAAAUGUCAUCUGGAGUAUGUUUGGAGAUACCUGACUUAGUGCGCGCUGUUAUUAGUUCCAGAAUGGUCAAACUAUAUCAGUUGUAUUGUAGUGAAGUUGGAUUUCAACCUCUUGGUAGAUCGACCCUAUUUUCUAUCCUAAAGAUAAAGAGAAAAAUAACUAGAGUAGUCUGAACUAUUAACUGUGAUUUUGGUCAGAAUUAACAAGAGUGUAAAAUAGCGGCUGCAAGUAAUCUAGACUCUUUGGUUGUGGGAAGCAGGAUAAAAAGCCACGUUAUGUAGUGAUGUGUUACCAAAUUUUUUCAUUCACAGAUAUGUGCAGCUUCCCAGAAAAAGUCCCUUGCCGGCCUCGAUAACGUCACAAGCGAAGGUGCAUCAGCAUUUGAUACAUUGGAAAAGGUUGUAGAAACGCUUAACCUACAACCUGUAUGUUAGUAACCAACCCCACCGUCUAUUCUGCUUUUACGGCCUAUUUAAUUUUUGUUCGCUUGUGGAUGACUUUGCUAGGUGAGAUUUAGAGUAUGAGCCGAUUUAUUUGUACUUGCUGUAGGUUCAUCUCUCCAGUGGGCUGAUAACGUUAGACAAAGGGUUACAAAUUUCAUGUGUUGAAGGAAAGUCCCUGUGCUGAUCACUGUAUACGAUUCGCCCUAUCAUCCGAUGAUGUCGAGUACAAAACGGCCUGUGACCAUGAACACACUAUGCAGUGUGAUCGAUGUUUAGACUGUGCUAACGUCGCUCACGACAUCAUUGCUGGACUAGACAGUGGUGAUAUUUCCUUAGGUAAAACAUACAGUUGCAUACUAUUAGUCAUAUGCCAAAUAUUUAUGACUUUAAGGAAAACGCGACCCGCGCUUUUUGUUGCAAACAUUAAGGUUGGCACCCUUGUCCCUAGCGUCCGUUACGCGAGAAAAAAGAAACAACGACAUCAAGAACAAACAAACAAAAAAGUAGAAGUUUGUCGCUUACGACAAGUGCCUUAACCUUUGUCUAAGGCUUUCUUCAUUGUACGAUAUAUUGUUAACAGCCAAUGCAGAAGAGAAUUGAAAAAGCGCGAACAAUUAGUAUUAAUUCCCUUUCCAUUCUUCCCUGUACUCAUCUCGCUUGGUGAAAUCUCCAAAAGAGCAUUUUCUGUAAUGUUGUCAUUAUUUCAAAAUCAAUUUUUUUUUCAGUUACCAGGAACAGAAAGAAGAGCUCAAAUAUGACAUCGAGAAAGCCACUGAAAGAAUUAUGGACUGGAAAUCGCACAUAGUGAGAGGUACCAACCAAGAAAAAGCCAAAAUAAACAUUCUUGGUAAUCUUACUGAGCGGCAGGUGCUAGUGGUGAUGGAUUGGGCCAUGAAAUGGCUCCCAAGAAGCUACAGAGAAACCCAGGCAGAAUGGUUUGGGAAAAAAGGAGUCAGUUGGCAUGUGUCGGCCUGCAUAACAAGACCUGCACGAGGAAGCGGAGUUUAACGAAAACAAAUUUGAUUUCUGAUUCUAAUUAUCUUUAAACUUCAAAGCACGUCACUUGAAUUGAUUUGUCAGAAAAAAAUCAGUUUCAUUCCUUACGAACAAGCCAUAAACUCACGUGUAAUGCAUUUUUUUUUUCGUGCUAGCUGCUUUAUACAGGCAUAGUUUUUGCGGAAGAUGAAGUGAAAGAUAUAUAUUUUUUGCCCCAGUCCGUUGGAGUGCAUGUAAAACAAACAGACAUGUGCUCCGUAUGUGGACGGAAACGCAGAUCUAGUGAAGUGUUGUACGUGAGACAACGGGAAUCAAUGGCAGAUCUAGGAGGAGGCUGGGUCCCUGGGGGACUCGGCCAACCACCUUCUUCUUUGGUCAAACUGAGGCCGCAAGGCCGACAUGAUAUAUAUGUUCUGGAUAAGCAGAGACUCUCUGCUAAGUUGAGGGUGUGAAUCCGCUAGUGAAAAUACAGGUCCACUCAGGUUUAAGUUUGAACCGUGGGCGCAUGUUUCCCCCACCCAGGCUUAUAAAUAUACCGCUGGUUACAUGUAACUUUUCAUGGAUUAGCACCCCGUUUAGAGGAGAGACAGAGAGAAUUUACGUCAUUUCACUCAGAAAUAUGACAAGAUCGGGGUUCCUGGGUCUUCUUGUUAUUUUUCUGAGUUGUCGUUACUCGAGGUGAGCCGGGAGAGCAAUGCAGGCGUAGCGUUACAUUAAAAAUUUUUAAUGCUCAUUUUGUUACAAUCUUUUUGUAUUUUUUUCAUUCCAAAGGUUCGGACUUUUGUUCACAUUCUUGAUAAAGGCAACCAAGAUUGGUUUGCAGUAUUAUCGAUUCUGGAAGACUUUGUUCAGCAGCUUAAGCUGUUGUCCCCACUUCUGAAAGAACUAUUUUUACGAAGUGACAACGUUGGCUGCUACCACAACGCUGCGUUACUUAUCAGUGCGCCAACCAUUACAAGAACAGGGGGGUUGGCGCUUAAGAAUUACAGCUUCAGUGAGGCGAAUAGCGGGAAAGAUGUCUGCGACAGAAAGAUCGCACCCCUCAAAGCACACAUCGGAAGAUAUCUUAAUGAAGGUGAUAAACAGUUUCAGGGCUAUCAAAAAUUAAUAAGAGGCUGUAAAAAUAGUAAAGUUAUUUGAAUUUCCGAAGACCUCAAAAAGUCCCAAGAGCAACAAAAAACGUUUUGCGUUUUAAUUGGCCCGCCAACGGUUCACAGCACCCUUCUUUUCACAGUUUUUACGGAUAAUUCUGUCUUGUUUUAGGUCACGUUGUUAUAACAGCGCGUCAAUUAAAGGAAGCUAUUGACUCCUAUGGGGGAAUAAAGGGCUGUCGAGCAUCAGUGAUUGAAUUAGACACAAGGAAGCAAACAACUAACGCGCCCAAGUUAAGUGGUAUUAGCCAGUUAAACAACUUCGAAUAUACUGAAGAUGGUGGAAUGACUGUCUCGAAGGCGUUUAAAGUUGGAAAAGGUAGGAAAAUUUUCAAACAAGAGCUUGCUAAGGUGGGCCAGCCACAGAGUGAGACAGGGGUGAAAGUAAUAUUGCCUUUUUGUGAUCUAGUUAGCGUUACCGGGUUGUUGAAGAAAGCUUCGACGCGGCCGCCUGGUGACCAAACCAAACAGACCGUCGUUUCUCCUACAAAUGACCCGGGCCUUCCUUGA